CCUCGUUCCUUCCUGCUCUGCCAUACAAUCACAAUCACAAUCACAUAAUGUCGUCGUCCCAAUCCCUCACUCCGAUUCCCCACUUCCCAAUUUCUGUCGAUCCAUGUGAACUUUGUUCCUUCAUCAACAGAAUCCUCCUCCAUACCAAUGGGUUGCGGGGUGUCCAGAUCCAACGAGGGUCUGGUCGUUUUUCGCAGCCCCCAUCAUAGUAAACCCCAAACUCAUCCUCCCAAAUUGUUAAUCGAGGAACCAUCAAACCUCCACCAACCACCGGAAUUGCAAAAAAUCAACAUCGCAUAUCACGAUGGCAACGGCAAUGACGAUCCAUUGUGGGUCGGAUCUCCUAGCUUUAGGGAGUAUGUUCAAUCCUUCCCCGAGGAUGACGAUGUUGCUACUUCAGGUGAUGUAAGAGGAAAGGAGAUCGUAAUUGGUACCCGAGGAGGUGAAAAGUUGAUAUGCAAUGGCGAGGUUUGUGUACGGGGGGAUUUAGCAGGGACGGAAGAAGCAGAUACAAGAGGAGGAAGAUAUAGAAAGGUAUUUCAGGUGCACAGAGUCACUUUCUGGCACGGCCGCGCGUGGUAUCCCGGCCACCCAAAAGCAACCAGAAAGGCGGCCGGAGCCUCAUCUUAACAUCCAUCAUCCAUCCAUGGUGAUUCGUGAUGCAUUCUGUCUUUGACUAAAUUCCUUCAUUCUUUUUUUGUAAUUCACUAUUUUAUUAUUUUAUCAUUAUUAUAAUUACUUAGCCUUAAAAAAAAUGUUAUAUCGAAUAAGAAUUGAAGUGGGUUCAAUCUCGAUCAAUUCAAAGUCUAUUAUGCAGUC